UGUUUGAUCCCAGUAAUCUGUGCAAUCCAACUUUAGUAAAUUUUUGUUGUUUUCGGAUGAAACAAAUUCCAAUUCUAGGAAUUAAAUCUAAAUUUAAUGAUGGAAAAGCUAAGUCUCACGGAUCUGAGAAGACAGUUUUUUGGUCCAACGCUGGAUGAAAGCGUUCUUUAUGGGGUGGAUGCUGUGGUGGAGCAUAUCGGAGUAUCGAACCGUGAUGGCGGAUCCGGGCGGGAAGAUCAACAAACAAAAAAUGGAAGGGAAUAUUCAAACGGAUUGGAUGACCUUCGGCAAGAUGUGACUUCCGCUGAUACUCUGGAUUCUGUCGGAAGCAGAGAAAAACGGAGCGAUCUUAACCAAAAUCAGUCGAAAGAUCAAAUGGAUUCUGAAUCAAGGAAGCAAAACUCUACCAUAUUGGAGGAUAAUCAUCGAAAACCCUCAAUAAGCUCUUCGGGAAGUAAAGGUUCGAAAAACAGUACACAAAGAAAAUCUAUGGAUUCAGAUUUAAAGACAAGAGCAUCAUCUGAUGUAUCAACAAAAAGUAGUGAACAAACUGAAAACCAAAUGCUGCCGAAAGAGGAGAAGAGGGUAUCAAUUGAAAGUUCUGCUAGCAGUACCAAAUCCAAAGAUAAUAAAUUGACAGAGGCAUCAAUAUCAGAAUACGCAUCUACCAAAUCAAAUCGAAAUAACAGAUCAGAAGAAUCUGUUAAGAGUAGAAGGAUGUCAAGUCUUUCAAGUCGAAUGAACAUAGUUGAUGAGGUCGUAGAGAGCUUUGGAGAAACCGAAAAAUUUGUCCCAUGUAACGAAAACUUGGAAAACAGAAGUUGAAUCUCACAACCGAAACAUAUUUGAGCCCAAUGAGCCAAACGACAUGGUAGAUCAUCUAAAAUGCAUGUUCAACUUAUGCACCAAUCAUCUUCUACUGUGUAUCUCGUAUAUUGAAUAUCGAAAGACUUGUUUCUCUAUCUUUUAAA